CCAGCUGCAUCCUUACACCCUGCACAUCUUCCCAGGGUGCUCUGUGGUGGCCCUGAUAGUGUUCUCCACAGGAGAGAUUUUUAGGCCUUUUACACUCUUUAUCCCUCUUUGAUAACAGUUUACAGGACCUUGUUUAUAUAGUUUUAUAGAUAGAUAUACAAAUCAUGGGCUUACUGAUAGCAACUCACAAAGAAAUUCACUUAAUAAUUCAUAUAUAUUUCUGUUUAUUAAAAUGAAAGCAAGUUUGCAUGCUAGUGAGAAGGCUGUGCUUAUUAACUAACAUAAAGAAUUAAAUCUUGCCGGGCAAUGGUGGCACACGCCUUUAAUCCCAGCACUUGGUGGGCAGAGGCAGGCAGAUUUCUGAGUUCAAGGCUAGCCUGGUCUACAGACUGAGUUCCAAUACAGCCAGGGCUACACAGAGAAACCCUGUCUCGAAAACAAACAAACAAUUAAAUCUUGACUAAAUAGUUGAUAUCAUUGGAGGUAGAGCAUCUUCAACGUUUGUUACAAAGUGGAUAUUUUGAUUUUGUAAUUGUCAAUUCUGAGAGUGCUGAUUUGCAUAAAUGUGUACUUCAAAGUAGCAGAUGUUCAGGACCACUUCAGAAAUCAUUGGAAAUUAGAUUCUAAUUCUUAGCCAAAAUUCAUUUAAUAAUUUUUAAAUUAUUUAAAAUUAUUACACACACACACACACACACACACACGAGUGUUUGCCUAUAUUUAUGUUUGUGUACUAUUUGAAUGCCUGGUGCCUGUGGCGGCAUCAGAGACCUAGUUACAGAUGAUUGCAAGCCUCCAUGUGUGUGCUGGGGAUGGAACUCAGGUCCCAAAAGAAUACUCAAGGCUCUUAACUCCUGAGCCAUCUCUCCAGCUCCCUAAUGGUCUUUAAAUUGAAACUUGUCAGCAACUUACCUGGAAACUUAUUGUUAUUUCUGUGUGGGUAUACAUUUGUGAUGCACGUGAGCAACAGUUUACGCUUACAGGUGAGAGAGCAACUUGGUAGAGUUGGUUAUUUGCAUCCUCGUAUUUUAUGAAUUCUGGUGCUUGAACUUUGCAUGCUAAUGACAUGGCUGUGCUUACUAACUUUACAGAAAGAAUUAAAUCUUGACUGAAUAGUUGAUAUCACUGGUGAUAGAGCAUCUUCAACGUUUGUUACGGAGUUGAUAUUUUGAUUUUAUAAUUGCCAAUUCUGAGAGUGCUGAUUUGCUUAAAUAUAUACUACAAAACAGUAGAUGUUUAGGUCAUUAGGCUUGAGUGGCAAAGCACUUACAGAGUCAUGUUGCUAACCCCAAAUGUUUAUUUAUUCUUUUGUGGUGUUAGGGCACAGGACCUUGUGUAUGCUUAGCUAGAGGCCUCCCACUGGGCUACAUUCUCAGCCCCUGAAACAGCAAUUAAAAAAAAUCCUAAUACAAAAUAGAUACAGAGAUAAAUUGAUACAUGCUACAGAAUGAUGGUAGGAAAAUACUAAAUUCUUAUUUUCUGUAGUUGUUUGUAUAAGAACAGAACACUUUAUUUCUACAGUAAAAAAAAAUUCUGCACUUUCUCAUAUCUGAGCUGAGGUGGGACAAGUAGCAUUUGUUGGUGGUGUUUUCUAUGACAGCACACGUGGUGCAAAGUGUGUUCAUCAUGUGUUCACAACCAAGGCUGCAGUAUAGUCACACAACACAACACCAAAUGAGCAAGUGCUGCCAGAAAUGGCUCACAUUCACUAUGUGACAUCGAAUAGUUGGUCUUUACGUGUUAGAAAACCUUUUACUGUUGUCAAAUUUUGCAUGCAUAUCUCCCCACUCCGUUACUCGAUACCCAUUAUGUGGUUCAUACUCCACAGUUGAAGAAGAUGGGCUCUGGAGAAGAAAAGAAAUAAUAGAGACACACUCUCCUUACACACACACACACACACACACACACACACACACACACACACACACACACAAAUAAGUGAUGUGUGAAGCCAAGCAUUGUAGUAGCACAGGUUUUUGUUUUUUAUGCACCCAUGUAUGGUUAAACACAAGGAUUCUUGAACUAUUCAAGAGGGGUGGCUAGGUGAAAAAGACUAGUGAUGGUAAUAAUGGAGAACUACCGUAUAUCAAGUUCAAAUCUGGGGUUUUGCAUUGUUUUAUUUAUAGUUGUAAAGAAAACAAAAAUAGCUAAAAUUAAUGUAACUAUGAAACAUUGGACCAAUGGGAAUGAGCAUAAUUCUUGUCCUUCAUAGUAGGUGUAUUAGUCAGGGUUCUCUAGAGUCACAGAACUUAUGGAUAGUCUCUAGAUAGUAAAGGAAUUUAUUGAUGACUUACAGUCGGCAGCCCAAUUCCCAACAAUUGUUCAGUCGCAGCUGUGAAUGGAAGUCCAAGGAUCUAGCAGUUACUCAGUCUCACGCAGCAAGCAGGCGAAGGAGCAAGAGCUAGAGCUCGACUCCCUUCUUCCAAUGUCCUUAUAUUGUCUCCAGCAGAAGGUGUAGCUCAGAUUAAAGGUGUGUUCCACCACACCUUUAAUCCCAGAUGAAAAGGUGUAGCCCAGAUUAAAGGUGUGUUCCUUAAACUCAAUCUUAAAUUCAAUCUUCUGGAAUCCAUAACCACUGUGGCUCAAGAUCUUCAAACCAAGAUCCAGAUAAGGAUCUCCAAGCCUCCAGAUAAGGGUCACUGGUGAGCCUUCCAAUUCCGGAUUGUAGUUCAUUCCAAAUAUUGUCAAGUUGACAACCAGGAAUAGCCGCUACAGUAGGUUUUGUUGUUGUUGUUACUGUGUUUUUGUUGUUUUGUUUUGUUUUGUUUUUUGAGACAGAGACUCUCUGUGGCCCUGGCUGACCUGGAACCUGCUGCACAGGCCUAGCUGUCCUCUGCCUCCCAAGUGCUGGAAUUGGUGUGCAUUUCCAUGUUCUUCUACUUUCCCCAUGUCUUGAGCAGUUUUGUUCUCUACUUUUUAGAGUUUUUGCCUAUAACCGGUUUUCGAUUCUAAAAGAUAAGGUAUUUUGGAUUCCUUUUGUUAUUGGUGCUGGGUCAGAAUUCAUCACUUUAGCAAAACUUGUGGCUUGACUUUUAAAAACAAGUGACAGUAAAAUUAUGAUUUAACCCAAUCAUGGACUGGUAGGGUGGACAGACAGCACAACCAUUACUGCCACAAGUUGAUAGCAGUAAUGAAUUGCAAGAGUAGAAACAAAGGAAAAUGAUUUUUAAAAAUAUAACAAAUGUCCUGAGUGGACAAAAGGAGUGGAGAAAGUGAGAACUUUCAUGAUCCCCAACACUGGGCUUCUAGGUGAUUAAAAGAGGCUGUGUGGCUAAGAGCACUGGCUGUUCUGUCAGAGGACCCAGGUUCUGUUUCCAUUAACUUCCUGUGGUUCACAACCAUUCAAACUCUAGGGAAUCUGAUGUUCUCUUUUGGCCUCCUGAGGACCAGGCACAUACACACACACACACACACACACACACACACACACACACACACACAAAUAAGUGAUGUGUGAAGCCAAGCAUUGUAGUAGCACAGGUUUUUGUUUUUUUAUUCCCAGCACUCAGGAGGUAGAGGCGAGGGGAUCUCUGUGAGUUUGAGGCCAGCCUGGUCUACAGACUGAGUUCCAGGACAGCAAAGACUACAGAGAGACCUCAUUUCAAAAAACAAAACAGUAACUAAAGUGAAUAUUGAGAAAGAGUGAUCAGAUGACAGAUCCCCUUUGCGUCUAGUCAGUAGCUGCAGCUGUAAAGGGAGAAGGGAGGAAUAAUUAUUGUUAAGUCAUUAUCAUAAGCAAAGCAAAAAUGCAACUUUUAUUGUUUAUGCUAUGAAGAAAUAUGGGAGGAAAAGACUGACCAAGCUCUUUUGAAGAAGGUAUAUUUAGAGAAGAAGCUGUCAGUUCAGUGUUUUGCAGGGAAUAUGCUGUCUAUAUAAUCACAGUUAGUUCUCAUGUGUCAUUGGUUAACAAAUGCUUGCCUUGUGUGUGUGUUGCGGAGGAUGGAACCUCAGUCCUUAUGUAUGCUAGCAAACAAAUGCCAAGUUUAGUGCACUGUCAGGUCUCUAGAAUUUGGCAGAUCUGUAGGAAAAUGUGAAAGUCUAUCCAAAAGCCUAGGCGACAUGUCAUCAUAGAACUAACUUUAUAUUGAAGACCUCCUGUGCAAUGUUCAUUCUCUCCACAUUUCAGUGUGAAAGUAAAUUUUUUUUUUUGUAUUCUGAUUGUUUCAUUGUAAUUCAGGUCUCAUGUCUCUGAAAAGCAAAGUAUUUUUGAUAUUUCCAUCAUUUCUAUGUUUUGAAGUUGCUAAUGAAAAGCUUUUCAAAAUCUAUAUCAAGAGAUUUAGAAUCUUAAGAAUCUUGAAAGAGCUGAUGUUUCUCAGAAACAUGUAAGCCUGCAACAGAGUCGAACAUGUUAUGGAACCUCUAGUCCUUCCAGCGCUAGUCAGAGGAUUAAUGAAUAUGCUUUUCUCACAUGGGUAGUUAGACCUGAUCAGGUUAUUUUUUUUUUUUUUAACAAUUUUUGAAAGAGACAAUUAGAAAAAAAAUAAGGCAUAACUUGUGUCUUAAGAUUUCUAGUUUUGUGACUAAAGAACUGACUACAGACAACUUGGGAGGAAAAAGGGUUUGUUACAUUUUACAGUUUGUAGUCCUUCAUCCAGGAAGUUAGGGCAGGAGCUCGAGGUAGGACCCAGAGGCAGCAGCUGAAGCAUAUAGAGGCCAGGGAAGAGUGCUGCUCACUGGCUUACCGCGAGUGCGUGUGCGUGAGAGUGCGAUCGCUCGCAUGUGUGUAUGUUGUUUAGGAAUCCCAGUCCUUAUGUAUGCUAAGCAAGUGCUCUACUACUGAGCCACAUUUUUAGCCUUUUUGGGUUAUUACUUUUAAAAUAGAUAGAUUUUAAAAAAUAUUUAUCAUGUCCAUGCUUCCUUUUACACCAUAACAUGUAUGUGGAGGUCAAAGGACAUAAAAAAGUCAGUUCUCGAUGGGCGUGGUGGCGCAUGCCUUUAAUCCCAGCAUUUGGGAGGCAGAGGCAGGCGAAUUUCUGAGUUGGAGGCCAGCCUGGUCUACAGAGUGAGUUCCUGGACAGCCAGGACUACACAGAGAAACCCUGUCUGGAAAAAACAGUCCUAACUUCUGGGUCUCACAGAGUGAAUUUAGGUCAUGAUGCUGACUACUGAGCUGUCUCAUCAUCCCAGAAGUCUAGAACUUAUAUUGAUUAAGAGGAUCAAGGAGUACAGAAAUGAGCAUAAACUUAUUUGUUACACCUAAAUAAUGGUAACUGAAAUUAUGGCUACAAUAUCUUUAUCUUAACUGAUAACUACAUUCACUGGUGGGAUUUUAAAUGCUCGUGCGCGCACACACACACACGUUGAUUGGCUUAUAGGUUGAAGCUGGGCAGCUGAACAGUGGCUGUCUCCUGAGCGAAAGGGCAAGAAUCCAAGUUGUUCAGUCCAGGAGACAGGGUGUCUCAGCUGUCCCAAUCUGGUGGUGGAGUCCCAGAGGGUUUCUGGAGAGCCACUGGCAUCCAGUCUAUGUUGGAAUCCCAAAGAAGGACAUUCUAAUAACUGCGAAGGAAUGCCUUAGCAACAGGAUGAUCUUGCCAUAGAGAGUGAGGGCAAGCAGUCACAAAGCAAAGGCUUCUACUAGAAGGCAUGGCCCCAAUUUAGGAUGGGUUUCCCACCUGAGCCAUGAAGUGAAGAAAUGCCUGGCUACAGGGGAUUUUAGUUGAUUCCAGAUGCAGUCAGGCUGACAACCAAGGUCAGCCAUUACUCUGUGAAUGCCAUUAUGUGUUUAUAGAUGUAUAUGAGCCAUGGGAACAACAAAGUUUUUCUUUAGGUAAAAAAAGAGAAGGGUCAGGACUGUCUACGAGAUGGUCACAAAAUGUGGCAUUAUACACCUGUAAUCUCUGCUCUCAUGAGGCUAGGGCAGGGGAUUUUUAAAGUUUGAAACGAGCAUGGGCUACAGACGGAAACCCUAUCUCAAAAAGGAGAGGGCAUAGAGGAAAAGGGAGAAGAGGGAGAGAGAGAAAGAGAGAGGGAAGAAAGAAAAGCCUAUUACAAUUAUUCUGGUGUAAGACAAUGGGAAGAGGUGGGGAGGAAAGAGCCAGGGCAACAGUAGCCUUUGGAGAACAAAAGCAGAGAUUUGAAUGACAAUAGGAUCAGGCUCAGAGUUUCUUUUGGGAAUUAAAAUAAUUAUGUAUACAUACCAGUUCAAUUAUGUGUGGCAACAAAAUAAAAUUUAGACUGUUGUGAACUCAAGUUGUAUACACACACACACACACACACACACACACAUACACAAAUGAUGAUCCAGCAGAAGUCUCAGGAUUGAUCCUUAACAUGGAAAAUGCAUAAUCCCCAACAACAAAAAUAAAUGCUGGGCUGGGGUGUAAUUCAAUUGCUGAAUCCAUGCUUUGUGAGGUCCUGGUUUCAAUCUCCAGAGCGAGGGUAAAAAAAAUCUGAAGACAUUGUAAGAUAAAAGCAACAAUGCAAUAAUACAGAUAGCAUCGAUGUAUGUGCAGCUCAAUAUAUACAUACAGCCACCCUAUGAGAGAACUGCUGCUGUUUACAUCUUACAGCCGAGGAAGCAGGCGCUGGGAUUUGCCUGAAGUUACAUUCCUGUUCAGAACCGUCUAGGUUCACAGGUCACAGUGCAGUCCCCAAACCUGCUAAAAUUACAGAGUUAUUAAGAUAUUAGGGUAAGAGAGGAAUUAUUUUUAAGUGUUGAGCUGGAUGGAGCUACCUGAAAAGUAGCUGGAAGUACGGUAUCUUCCUUCAGGAACAACUGGGAACCGACAAGUAAUUUGGGGACUUUUAAAGAGCAACAACGCAGAAAAGGAGCAGAGAACUCAGGGUUGGACUGUAGGAUCUAAAACACAAAAAUCAAAACAAAACAAAACCCAGAGCUAGCAACUCAAUCAGAAGACUAGGGAACAAUGUAGGUACAGAUUCAAAGGCAGCUUAAAAUGUUUUCAAGGGUGGGUGGGGCCUGGUGAAGGACAUGACUGCCCCUGGUCCCCUCAUUCUCCUUGGAUAAGUCUCAUUGUCUCUCUCCAAAUCCUUCUGCCUUAGCCUCCCAAGGCUGUGGCUAGAGCACCCACAGUGAUUCUCUUCAGACAUGUGCCUGGGUAAGGAACAUUGUGAUAGUACAGCAAGUUGAGGGAGUUAACAGCCUUGAUUGUUUUUAAAGAUAAAUGGAAACUAAAAAAAAAAAACAAAACAAAAAACAAAACAAAACAGAAAGCACCUAGAAGAUAAAAUACUGAAGCUAUUCUAGAAAAAAAAAAGGCAAUGGCAUUCAGGCAGGGCUGGACUGGGGAGAGAAGGGAAUGGGGGAUGGUUAAACUAGGUGAGAUUUUUUUGAGAUCACGACUACAAACAUGUUGAUAGAAUAUCAGCUCUUUAUCAGAGUCCCACACAUUCGAUAGAUUAAAUUACAUAUGACUAUGGCUUGGAGCCCGCACCGUCUUUUAACAAGGCAAGCUAAAAACAGGCUCUGCAGAGAACACAAUAGGAAGUCAAUCAGAGGCUAGUAAACGAGAUACUUUGCUGAAAGGACUGUCACGAAUUCAUACCAAAGUUCCUCCAGUGAUGUGGAACGCACUUUGCAACCUUUGGGAUACAUUCCAGAGACAAUUGAGGUACUAGCUAGCUAGCCAGCCCUCAAGACUAUAAACAAGUUUAACGUUUCUAAGGAGAUAUUGAAAAUGCAGCUGCCUCUGCCAAUAAAAAAAAAUUGAGUCAGCAAUGAGGCUGAUGACCUACAAGACCAAGAAUUCACUUUUGUAGUGCGGAGUUAAUAAGCAGGCGGAAGGUUAGGAGAGCCUUGGUCAAGGACAGCUUAGGUAGAGAGCAGCAGGGAAGGAAGGGGUCAAGAUCUACGCCUGGCUAUUUCCCUUUCGGCUAGGCUCCAUUAUUCGCACGUCCAUUUGAGAACCACAGAAAGCAGUCCUAGGCUGUGGGAGAAUCUGAUUGCUCGCAGAGUCUAUCUUCACCGUGUAGCUUCUCCUUUCUCACUAACUAGCCAAUGCUGCCGCCUUAUGCAAAGCUUGCACCUCGGCGAGAACCUGCUUUACAGAGGCAGGACGACGCCAAUCGGCCUGGAGCGGUCACUGUUUCCUUUUAGCUCCGCGGCAGGCAGGGGGUUCGUCCCAGUGCUCGAAACCUUUUCAACCUCGUUCUGAAAAAGCGCCUCAUCAAUAAUAAUAAACCGCGCGUUCAAUUCUAGCUUGGAGACUCCCGCUAACCGGGGAGGGAGCAGGGCUCGGGGGCGCGUUGGCACGGCUCACCCCGAUAACGGGCGGGUGUGGGCGGCUGGCAGCCUCAGGGCGGGAGCGGAGCGCGGCCCCCGCCGGGGAGGGGCCUCGGCGGAAGAGCCGGGGGCGGACUUCUUCCAGGCUCUUGGAGAAGCUCUAAAAAUGGCGGGCGGCAACCCAGCGAGCGGGUCGCGCAGGCGCCGCGGAGUCCGUCCUUCCGCUCGCCUGGGGCGGCCCAGGAGCUGUCCACAGCGCCCUCGUCCAGACGUCUCCGCGGCUCGCCAUUGGCCGAGCGGAGCAGGAGCCUCGCAGAGGGGGGCGGUGCAGCCACGCAAAAGGCCACGUUUCCCGCGCCGCUGCUGCGCGUGCGCGCCCCCCGGAGGCGAGCGAUGGCGCGCGGCCCCGUCCGAGGGCCCCUGCUCGCGCCUCAGCUCCCUCCCCUUUCCGGGCAGGCCCGUCCUGUCAGCGGAGCAGUGAGCAGCGCGGCCAGCAGAGGGCGGUCGGGACCCGAGUCUGCAGCGGCGCCAUUGGCGUGUGGAAAAUGCCACCAGAUGGCGGGUUAGGAUUGCAGCUCCGUUGAAGGCGCGGCCCCCGCUCCCGAACCCCCGGCGACCACCCCGUAACCACCCCCCCACCUCGGGAAUAACACACCGGAGACUUUUGGGGGGAAACUAGGUCGACGGCCGACAGCGCCCGGAUGGGCAGCUGAGUCAACAAAUAAGAAACCUCGAAAAUCUCCAGGAGAAAAGAGCAGAAUUGAAGCUGGAAUUCGAGGAGCAGGUCGUGGAAGAGCCAAUGGGCACCCCCAACAGAACGGCGACGGGGAUCCUGUCACCUUAUUUGAGGUGGUGAAGCUGGGGAAGAGUGCAAUGCAGUCCGUGGUGGAUGACUGGAUUGAAUUAUAUAAACAAGACAGGGACAUCGCACUUCUGGAUUUAAUCAACUUUUUUAUCCAGUGUUCAGGAUGUCGAGGUACGGUCAGAAUAGAGAUGUUUCGAAAUAUGCAGAACGCAGAAAUAAUCAGAAAAAUGACUGAAGAAUUUGAUGAGGACAGUGGUGACUACCCCCUUACAAUGCCUGGUCCUCAGUGGAAAAAAUUUCGUUCCAAUUUUUGUGAAUUUAUUGGAGUCCUGAUUCGACAGUGUCAAUAUAGCAUAAUUUAUGAUGAAUAUAUGAUGGACACCGUAAUUUCCCUUUUGACUGGUUUGUCAGACUCCCAAGUCAGAGCUUUUAGGCAUACAAGUACCCUUGCUGCAAUGAAGCUGAUGACUGCUCUGGUGAAUGUUGCUUUAAACCUCAGUAUUCAUCAAGAUAAUACACAGAGGCAAUAUGAAGCUGAGAGAAAUAAAAUGAUUGGGAAGAGAGCCAAUGAAAGACUGGAGUUACUACUUCAGAAACGUAAAGAGCUACAAGAAAAUCAAGAUGAAAUUGAAAAUAUGAUGAACUCUAUCUUUAAGGGUAUAUUUGUUCAUCGAUACCGUGAUGCAAUUGCUGAAAUUCGAGCCAUCUGUAUUGAAGAAAUUGGAGUGUGGAUGAAAAUGUAUAGCGAUGCCUUCCUAAAUGACAGUUACUUGAAAUAUGUAGGAUGGACUCUUCACGAUAGGCAAGGGGAAGUCAGACUGAAGUGUUUGAAAGCUCUACAAAGCCUGUAUACCAAUAGAGAAUUAUUCCCCAAAUUGGAGCUAUUUACAAAUCGAUUCAAGGAUCGCAUUGUAUCAAUGACUCUUGACAAAGAAUAUGAUGUUGCUGUGGAAGCAAUCCGAUUGGUUACUCUGAUCCUUCAUGGCAGUGAAGAAGCUCUUUCCAACGAAGACUGUGAAAAUGUUUACCAUUUGGUGUAUUCAGCACAUCGCCCUGUUGCUGUGGCAGCUGGAGAGUUCCUACACAAAAAGCUGUUCAGCAGACAUGACCCACAAGCAGAGGAAGCGUUAGCGAAGAGGAGAGGAAGGAACAGUCCAAACGGGAACCUCAUUAGGAUGCUUGUUCUUUUCUUUCUGGAAAGUGAGUUACAUGAACAUGCAGCCUACUUGGUGGACAGCUUGUGGGAGAGCUCUCAAGAACUGUUGAAAGACUGGGAAUGUAUGACAGAGUUACUAUUAGAAGAACCUGUUCAAGGAGAAGAAGCAAUGUCUGACCGUCAAGAGAGUGCUCUUAUAGAGCUAAUGGUCUGUACAAUUCGUCAGGCAGCUGAGGCACAUCCUCCAGUGGGAAGGGGUACUGGCAAGAGAGUGCUAACAGCCAAAGAAAGGAAAACUCAAAUUGAUGAUAGGAACAAAUUAACUGAACAUUUUAUCAUUACACUUCCUAUGUUACUAUCAAAGUAUUCUGCAGAUGCUGAGAAGGUAGCAAACUUGCUGCAAAUUCCACAGUAUUUUGAUCUAGAAAUCUACAGCACAGGUCGGAUGGAAAAGCACCUGGAUGCUUUAUUAAAACAAAUUAAGUUUGUUGUAGAGAAACAUGUAGAAUCAGAUGUCCUAGAAGCCUGCAGUAAAACCUACAGCAUUUUAUGCAGUGAAGAGUAUACCAUUCAGAAUCGAGUUGAUAUUGCUCGGAGCCAACUGAUUGAUGAAUUUGUAGAUCGAUUCAAUCAUUCUGUAGAAGACCUGUUGCAAGAGGGUGAAGAAGCUGACGAUGAUGAUAUCUACAAUGUUCUUUCCACCUUAAAGCGUUUAACUUCUUUUCACAAUGCUCAUGAUCUCACUAAAUGGGAUCUAUUUGGUAAUUGCUACAGACUAUUGAAGACUGGAAUUGAACAUGGAGCUAUGCCAGAACAGAUAGUCGUACAAGCACUGCAGUGUUCCCAUUACUCAAUUCUGUGGCAGUUGGUGAAAAUUACUGACGGAUCUCCUUCCAAAGAGGAUUUGUUGGUAUUGAGGAAAACAGUGAAGUCUUUUCUGGCUGUUUGCCAACAGUGCCUAUCUAAUGUUAAUACUCCAGUUAAGGAACAGGCUUUCAUGCUGCUCUGUGAUCUUUUAAUGAUUUUUAGCCACCAAUUAAUGACAGGUGGCAGAGAGGGCCUUCAGCCUUUGGUGUUUAAUCCAGAUACUGGACUCCAGUCUGAACUCCUCAGUUUUGUGAUGGAUCAUGUUUUCAUUGACCAAGAUGAGGAAAACCAAAGCAUGGAGGGUGAUGAGGAAGAUGAAGCUAAUAAAAUUGAAGCCUUACAUAAAAGGAGGAACCUGCUUGCUGCCUUCAGCAAACUUAUCAUUUAUGAUAUUGUUGACAUGCACGCAGCUGCAGACAUCUUUAAACACUACAUGAAGUAUUACAAUGACUAUGGUGAUAUUAUUAAGGAAACACUGAGUAAGACCAGGCAGAUUGAUAAAAUUCAGUGUGCUAAGACUCUCAUUCUCAGUCUGCAACAGUUGUUUAAUGAACUUGUUCAAGAACAAGGUCCUAAUCUGGAUAGGACAUCUGCCCACGUCAGUGGGAUUAAAGAACUGGCACGUCGUUUUGCCCUUACAUUUGGAUUGGACCAGAUCAAGACCCGAGAAGCUGUUGCCACACUUCACAAGGAUGGAAUAGAGUUUGCCUUUAAAUACCAGAAUCAGAAAGGACAAGAAUACCCACCCCCUAAUCUGGCUUUUCUAGAAGUACUAAGUGAAUUUUCUUCUAAACUCCUUCGACAGGACAAGAAAACUGUUCAUUCGUAUCUUGAAAAAUUCCUCACCGAGCAGAUGAUGGAAAGGAGGGAGGAUGUGUGGCUUCCACUCAUCUCGUAUAGAAACUCAUUAGUCACUGGAGGUGAAGAUGACAGGAUGUCUGUGAACAGUGGAAGUAGCAGCAGUAAAACGUCCUCAGUAAGGAGUAAGAAAGGAAGACCCCCACUGCACAGAAAACGAGUAGAAGAUGAAAGUCUGGAUAACACAUGGCUAAAUAGGACUGACACGAUGAUUCAGACUCCUGGACCCUUGCCAACCCCACAGCUCACCUCCACGGUACUUAGAGAAAACAGCCGUCCCAUGGGAGAGCAGAUUCAGGAACCUGAGUCUGAGCAUGGCUCUGAACCAGACUUUUUACAUAAUCCCCAGAUGCAGAUCUCUUGGUUAGGCCAGCCGAAGUUAGAAGACUUGAAUCGGAAGGACAGAACAGGGAUGAACUACAUGAAAGUAAGAGCUGGAGUCCGGCACGCCGUUCGGGGUCUAAUGGAGGAAGAUGCUGAGCCCAUCUUUGAAGAUGUGAUGAUGUCAUCACGGAGCCAGUUAGAAGACAUGAAUGAAGAAUUUGAAGACACCAUGGUUAUUGAUUUGCCCCCAUCAAGAAAUCGCCGAGAGAGAGCUGAGCUAAGGCCAGACUUCUUUGACUCUGCAGCUAUCAUAGAAGAUGAUUCAGGAUUUGGAAUGCCUAUGUUCUGAAGUCUGAAGAAAAUUUACAAAUCUGGAACUCUAUUAUUUAGAGCUAGAGGCCUAUAUACUGUGAUAGCUUGUAUGGGGGAAGAAACGCUUUUGAUGUGAUCGGGUUUGUUUUGUAAUCAAAUGAUUAAAGGUUGGUCCCUUUUGCAGUGACAGAGCAGCAUGUCAGUCACCCAUGGAAAUGUUGGUGAAUGUCACCUCGGAAAGACUGACCAAAAAAAUCAUUUGUACUCUAAUGUUGGACUUAUCUCAGUACAGAUGUGUGUGUGUUUUUCUGAAAGGAGGAAGAUAUUUUAAAUUUUUAAAACAGCUGUCAAAAUAAACACUGUUAUACACCUGUUUUAUGAAAAUCAGCAUUGAGUAAAAAAAAUAUUUUUAACUUUAUUUUCCUGUUGUACAAUUUAAAAACCGUUUUAACAUUUUGCCUUUUUAUGUUUUAAAAGCUAACCAUUUUUAUUAAACUAUGAGUAAGCAGCUCGUUCUAAUCGCCGAAGAGUGUUUUUGGAGCUCGCUGGGUUUUGUUGACCUUGUAAAGCAGACAUUGAAGGAACAGAGCAUGGACAAGCUAAAAUAGAGUUCUAACAUCGUGCAUCUCUGCCAAAAACCACACGCCCUCUGUGGAUGGAUGGGAAUCCCCAGAUUUUAUAUACUCUUGAAUAAAAAGGUUUAUUUUUAUUUAUAAGUGGGCAUAAGAUAAGUGCCCAUGCAGCCAUUUUUCCAACAGAUGCUGUACACCGUUCAUUUUCUAUAGAAUAGUGAGAUUCAAAUACAGUGCAUUUUCUAUUGGUCUUUGUUCUGUGCAUUUUUAGCAACUUCUACCAGCAAAUAAACUAUUCUCAGUAAAACAAAAAUGGUUCUCAAGUUAUCAGUCUCACUGUUGUUAACACUUGUUUCAUGCCCUGCCAAAGUCACGUUACACAGACUUCCGUUUUCUUAUAGUCAUGAAAUUUUCCUUUGCCAUUCAGAAGUAAUUUUAAGAUGUGUAACGUAACUGUCUUCCCAUGCACUCAGUAUCCCCUCAACCCACUAAUGUUGUGAAAUGUUUACCAAUCAUAGAUGUAUGUGCUGCAUAGAAGUCUGUGCUUAGAAGGUGGCGUUCUAAGCUUACCGUGAAACACAGCUACAUUUCAGUGUUAAGUGUGCAUAUUAAGAAAAAUUCUUUUGGAGAAAGAAAUUCUGAAUCUUCGGGACAGUCUUCAGUGGCUUAGAGUUACAAUCAGCUUACUUUUAUGACUUGCUAUUAUUUUAAAAAUCCACAUAGCUUUCCCUGAUUUUAGUGUAGGCUUCCAAAUUUCCAAACCAGUCUGUCCACAGCUGUUUCUGGGCUGGUUUUUUAAAAUAGCUGCAACAGAAUUGAGAGGCUUUCCCUUUUUACCAAAAAUGAACAUUUUUUAAAAGUAUAUGAACUCUAUGAUUAUCUUUUGUGUGGGAAAAUAAAAUACGAUUUUAUUCAUCCUUUUAGUAGACAAGAUUUUUCUCAACAUUUGUACAGUUCAGAGAUUUAAAAAAAAAAAA